AUGAAACCGUUUUUGUUAACAGCUGUGAUGGUGAUUGCAGUGCAAGAGGGUUAGUAGCGGAGGUUCUGCUUGAGAAUGUGUAUCAAAGAAAAGGCCAUGAACUUGAAUAGAUUCAUUGCUUUUUCUUCUCGACACAACUCCUGUGGUCUUUACUGUACUUGUAAUAUCAGUAAAGCGCGUUGUGUUUGCGCGAGUAUUUAAAGGCGCCUCUAAAAGUUAACGAACAAGAGCGCUUUAGUAGUAGGUAACUUUUCGACAAUUUCUCAGUUAUCAGUUUAAAUUCCGGCCCGUUUUUUUUCAAUUAUUGUCAGUCAUUUUUUUUUGGAAUCACACCUCUAAGCUAUCCGUUAACAAUCUUUCCUCUUUCAGCUGACAGUUCAAUUCUUUUUUAUACCCGUCCCUCAUCGAGAGCCUCGUAAAGGGCGUGGUGUACGUACUAACUAAGAAGGAUACCUUCUUCAUAACAUAGCGAGAAGAGCUGGGUUAGAGAAAACUGUUACGUUCAAUACGAUUGGUUAAAAGUCGUAAAAGCCUUUGGAUUUUUACCUCAUGUCGAACUAAAACUAAGCACAACUAAAACAAAAAGUUAAGGUAAGCUUUCCCAGCUCCGUAUAUCCGUAUUUUUUGUUCAGGCUGGUCAACAGCUAGCCUGCAGUAACAACCCGGCGGAUCGUGGAAUGUAAGGGGCACACAAGCCUGUUCCCUGAUUUUUCCAUCACGUAUCGUUGCACUUUGUAGCUUUCUUUUCCCCAGUCCUAUACCCCACGAGAAAGCUUGUUCACAGCCUAUCCAAAGGCCAUUCUCCAUUCCAGAUUAGUGGCGUCGGUCUCAAGAGAAAGUAAGAGAACAAAUGUAUAGGGUCGAGAGAAUGAGCCCAGUGCGUCAUUUAAUAUUCUUUUUUGACAUGUAACACGAUAUAAUUUUCUAAUUAGAUUUCUCCCAUUCUCAUCAGCAAAAUACUUUUAUCUUGGGGGAGGUGAGUUUUCACGAAACCGUUAAUGUUUCCGUAGGCGAAUAAGUAACUGAAUUCCUCUGAUCUUGCUCAAAAACGUUUUUUCGCAUGUGGAAAAUGAUACGCUCGGCGUUCAAUCGGAAAACGCGCUUUUAGUAAGGAGGUAUAACAAAAAAUAUUGAUUUAGCGUCUGUAUAGCCCCAUCCUUUAAAGUAGCCAAACCCUCUAGCUUGUUCGACUGAAUCAAGCAAACAUCGUCAUUUACCUUGCAGCUUGUGCUAUCAAAUGUCUUCAGUGUAAAGCUGAUUUCGACGCAGCCUUAGGGGGUAAUUUGAGCCAUCCUGUGGUAUCCAACACAAGUCUUUGCCACAAUACCACUGACACUGUUGACUGCAAUGACCUGGGAGGCGCCUACGAUUCCUGUGGUAUCGCUAGUGUUGGCAUGAAUUAUUCCAUUUUUGGCUAUAUCAAAGGCUUUAUCCUUAACUGCAGCAUCAAAUCAUCCUGCAGCUUUCAACAGUUAGAGGGCAACAUGACUUGUCAGCAGAUGAAGACGAGUUCUCUAGCGACUUCUGGCAUUAACAUCACUAAUUGCGGCGCGGUUUGCUGCGAGGGUGAUUUGUGUAACAAUCCUGGCGGCGUUCGUGACUACUCCAGCAAGAACAAAUCGCCUGCAAAGAACUGCACCAAAGUUUCUUUCUUUACUGUCAUGUGUGGAAUUCUGAGUUUACUUGUUGUUAUUCAAAUGAGCAGUUCUUGAACGAAAUUUUACGAAAAUUAAUUAAGUAAGAUUUCCUCAUACUGGUGCAAAAUAAACAUUUUGAUAGAUGAAUUUUGAACACAGGCGAGACACAUGUUCACUUCACUCGACAAAUGCGUGGAUUUUAAUACAAUUCCUUCUACUGAAAACAGUAUGAUAAAUAAAAGAAGAUUAUAUGCAUCCUUGUCAUACAACGAGUGAUGUUAAACAAUCACCUAGUUCGUAAUCAGUUACAGGUUAUUAAAUAGAGGAAGAAUCACGACUUAAGUUCAGAGAAUUUUAUUAGAUGUCCAUCAAGUUAAUUAUAGUGCAACAUUGAAAAGCUGAUUAAAAUCCUAAAAACACUCAAAAUUAAUCUACAAAGGAGCUUAUGCCGACAAGAUGAACUACUGACAAGAAAUGCUUGGAAAACCCCCGUUCUUUCCAGGUGGAAAACAUGAUUAUCCCGUAUGAUUUCUAGGAUUAUCCCUAAAAAUAUAUUUGUAUGUACAGUCGACAUAAAGCUUUUAAAGAGUUUUUCUUUCCAAUAUUGGGCGAUUUCCUUUGACUUUUCGGAACUGUUUAGUGUUCGUUGUUGGUAUCCGUUUUAUCAGCCACAGCGAAAAGGAUAAAAACGUCCUUUUCACGCGAAGAAAAACGCUAAGAUGGAUAAACAUCGUUUGA